CCAGAUUCCUCUCUUUCCCUGUCGUACUCAUACACAAUGCAUUCUCACGUGCACUUUGUUCGCUUCUAAUGCUCUGUUUCACCCCAUUUUUUUAAAGAAAGCUCUUACCCUUUUCAAUUUUCUCCUUGAUUUUGAUUCUUCUUCUUAUUUCUUUCAAUUCUGGGUGAAUUUUAACCCCAAAGUUCUCUCCUUUUCUCUAUACAAUUCGUGCUCUGUUUUUAUGAUCCAGAAGAACAAAAAACAGAGUCAUCGUUGAUAAUGGCGUUGGAAGCGGUGGUUUUCCCACAAGAUCCAUUUACUUAUGUCUGCAGGGAUGUCUGUUCUUACGGCGGAGGAGGAGGAGGAGCUUGGGCCGGCUACGACCAUGGCUUCCAAUUAGAACAACAAAAACCCUUUCUUGGAGUGCCUGAAACGCAAACAGAGGACACAAAAUUCGCCGCGAAUUGGGAGGCUUCACCGGAGGAAUGUUCGAUUAAUCAGCCUAUUCCCGGAGGAGCUGUCUACACGCCGCCGCCACCGCCGUCUACCGGAAGAAGAAAGCGACGGCGGACACGGAGCACAAAAAACAGAGAGGAAAUUGAAAACCAGAGGAUGACACAUAUCGCGGUGGAGCGCAACCGUCGGAAACAAAUGAAUGAGUAUCUGGCGAUUCUCCGAUCAUUAAUGCCGUCGUCUUACGUUCAAAGGGGAGACCAAGCUUCCAUUAUUGGUGGCGCCAUUAAUUUUGUCAAGGAAUUAGAGCAACAACUGCAGUUCAUCAACACCCAUAAGAACACAAUCGAAAAUGGCGGUUCCCCUUUUGCUGAAUUCUUUUCAUUCCCUCAAUACUCAACAAAGAACACGGCGCAUGACUCAUCCAUCGCUCAUACCCAGUGGCCGGCCGGAGAUAUUGAAGUCACCAUGAUUGAUACCCAUGCCAACCUUAAAAUACUGUCGCCAAAACGCCCAAGACAGCUCCUUAAAAUGGUCGCUGGAUUUCAAAGCUUGAGACUCACUGUUCUUCAUCUCAAUGUCACUACUUCAGAUCAAAUGGUUCUUUAUUCUCUAAGCAUUAAGGUUGAAGAAGGGUGUCAGUUGAAUACGGUGGAUGAAAUUGCUGCAGCUGUGAAUCAAAUUCUGCUGUUUAUUCAAGAGGAAGCUGCUUUAAAUUGACACCUUUUUGGAAAGAAAGUAAACAAUUUAAUCUGUUUUUUUUUUCUUUCUUUAAUGUAAUUUCUUUGUUCAGUUUCUUAUGGUAUCCCCCACAAUUUUCCAUG